AUGGCAGACGUUGAUGUUACCUCACCUUCAAGUGGUAAAUCAUAUAAGGCCUCUGGUGGAUCGGCCAGUGUUGAAAUCAAAUGGAAAGAUGACUCGGAAGAUGGUGAUACCUUGUAUUUGGGUAACGUCGAAGGUUAUACCAUUUCAUUAUGUUAUAUGGAUUCAGGUGAUAUUUCUUGUCCACAGACUAUAGUUAAGGAUAAGAAGUUUGAUUCUAAUAAGUACACUGCUAAAAUCGAUGCUGCUGAUGUACCAAACGGGUAUUAUUUCUUCCAGAUUUAUACUACUUUUGAAAAAGAUAGUACCUCCAUUCAUUAUACUGAUUCAUUCAAAUUAUCUGGUAUGUCAGGCCCUUCUGCUUCAAUCAAAGCUACUUCCUCAGUGGCUGCCCCAGAUCCACAAAUUUCCUUGGGUGAAGCUGCAACUUCAAUCAAUUCUGCCUCCUUUUCCAUCACAUACACCAAACAAACUGGUAGAACUAAAUUUGCCCCAAUGCAAAUGCAACCUAAAACUACCGUUACUCAUUCCAAAUGGUCUAGAAGAUUUGCCUCUAGUUCGUACACUCCUUACUCUACCUUGCGUAAGUCUCCAAAUUGUAGAACUACAAAAACUCCCGGUUGGUCUUAUACUCCAAAAUCUGCAACAAACACCGUUUCUCCUGCCGGUUAUCCAACCUCUUUCUACGCCGCCAGCUCCAGAGUCAGUAAACCCACCUUGAGUUCUGCCUCCAAGAGUAAGAGAUGGUUAUAA